UACUCCCCCUAAGUAAUUUCUCAUAUUGAUUUCCAACCCAAGAAAUUAGGAAAGAUAACGAACAACAAAGAGGGAAAAAAUAGAAAGAAUGAAAAUCCCAUUUUUAAACAAGAGUUUUUCAUCAUCAUGUUAUUCAAGUUCAGAUUCAUCAUCAUGGGGAUGGCCUUCUUGUCACCAAAAUCCUAGAACACAAUCAUUCAGAGUCAAUACCACCGCAAUCAACCCUACUGACGACGUGGAAGAGGAGGAGAAGGAGAAGGAGGACGAGGAAGAAAAGGGGGAUGAGGAAGAGGAGGAGAAGGAGCAGGAAAAUGGAGAGGAGGAGGAAAAAGGGGAAGAGGAGGACGAGGAAGAGGAAGAGCCGCUUCCUGCAAUCAUCUCCUCCUCUUCCUCAUCCUCCUCCAUCGAUGCCAUUGAAGAGCUGCCGGAGACCGAGUCCAUAGAGAAUGUGAUCAAAGGGAUACAAUUAUCAAAAAGAUUCAUCUUUGAACAUAAAGGAGAAUCAAACUCUAUUCUCGAAGAGAUGAGGAACAAGGAUUCAUGCUCUUGCCCUUGGAAUCCAUCUACAUUUUCUCUAAUUUCAAGUGGUUCAUGGUGGAGGUGGUUGCGGUACACUCGCUUCAUCGCGGCUACAUCCAAAUGUAUCGUGAAGACUACUGAAUAGAUUAAUGAUUAUUCAUGAGAGAAGAAGUAAACAUAUGCAGUUGACGUUUGUCCUCGGUUAGAAGAGUAUACGAGUUACGUACGUCUAGAGGGAUUGAUGCGGACCCAAUUAAGAGAUCUCUGUCUGAGCAUUUCAUCUCUUAUUUCAUGUUAUCAAUUCGUAUAUUCGUGAGAUAAUUCGUUAUUUGCUUCCCAUGCGUGACUCAUGCUGUCAUGCUAAUA